AACAGAUGAUUACCAUUCGAUGGUAAUUACGUUUAGUUUGCUCUUAUUUAUUUAUUUCUUACAAUUGCAACAAUUUUUUAUUUUAUAGAGUCUAAUUAACAUCAACAGUUAUCAUUAAAAUGUUCCUGUAUAUACUGUAGCAAUUUGUUUCGUUUUUUUCUCUUUGUUCAUUGUGCAUUAAAAGACCAGUUCUUUCACGAAUGUGUAAUGACAAGGUUUGCCAUCUUAUGAAACCGGAUUUCAAUAAACAUUACUGUAAUUGAAUAAAUUGAACCGGUGACAUCGUACUUGAGUGUAUGCAAUCAAGUAGACGGAUUGAGUCAUUGUGACAUGGAGAGAAAAAGCAACUAAUAAAAGUGAAUUAAUCUGUAGCAAUCUUACUCGCUUCUUGAUUACUUAUUGGCUCACUUAUUUCCUUGUAUUGAAACGUCUACUUUGCUGCUUUGUUGACAACAAAGCAAUUUAUUCAUGUCUUUUGCCUGACUAUCUUACAUGUUACAUUUCCAGUCUCUGCAAUAAAAAUUGAUUAAUUUUACAUUUCUUCUGUAUCGAUUCAUCAAUCAGUUACUUUACCAAAUUGAUAUAUUGAAUUGUUUAAAUACAGAUUGACUCUCAUUGCAUCGUCAUCACAGCUUGAAUAAAAAGCUACUCCAGUUAUUAAUUUGUGUCUCUUGAAUUACAUCUAAUCAUUUUAUUGGACUUCGAGCCGAAAGGAUAUCUUUUCACGCCAAACCACCAACUCAUAUUUAUCGUUAUCAUUGGCUAGCAACUUUAUUGAGAAUCAAAUUGAGACAACAAUUUUUCUCAUAAUCAGAGAUUUUAAUCAAUUCAUCAAUAUGUCUACUCAGUCAGGAGAAAGUUCACACGUUUUGGAUCUUGAUUCUGUCAAUCAAAAUGUCAAAAAAAUGGAAUACGCUGUCCGUGGACCAUUAGUGAUACGAGCUGGAGAGAUCGAGAAAGAAUUGAAGGCUGGUAAAAACGAUAAACCCUUUAAUGGAGUCAUUCGAGCAAACAUUGGUGACUGUCAUGCCACUGGACAAAAACCACUGACAUUUAUUCGUCAGGUUAUUGCUUGUUGCACAGACACAACUCUAUUAGACGACCCAAAGUACCCGAAAGAUGUUAAAGAAAAGGUUAAACUAUUACUUUCCUAUUGUGGUGGCAAUUCAGUUGGCAGUUACUCUGAUUCAGCUGGUAUUGAGAUUAUCCGUCGACAUUGUGCGGAGUACAUUGCUGAACGAGAUGGAAUACCUAGUAAUUGGCAGGAUAUUGUAUUGACUAAUGGAGCCUCUGAAGCAGUUAAAUUUGUAUUGGCUUUAAUCAAUUCUUCUUCAACUGAUGAUAAACCAACUGGUGUUUUAAUUCCAAUUCCUCAAUAUCCACUAUACACUGCAACUCUUGCUGAGUAUGCAAUGCAUCCUAUUAAAUACUAUUUGGACGAAGGAAACGAAUGGAAAUUAAACAUUGCUGAGCUCAAACGGGCUUUGGACAAUGAUAGAUCAUUAUGUAGACCGAAAGCCAUCGUCAUAAUUAACCCAGGUAACCCUACAGGAUCGGUUUUAAAUAAAGAAAACAUCAAAGAGAUAAUCAAUUUCGCCAAAGAAGAGAAACUAAUAAUCAUUGCCGAUGAAGUUUAUCAACAUAAUGUUUAUAAAGAAGGUGCUGCUUUUCAUUCUUUCAAAAAAGUUAUGCACGAGUUGGGAAUCAAUCUUGAACUAGCAUCAUUGAUGUCUUCUUCCAAGGGAUUUAUGGGUGAAUGCGGACUUCGAGGUGGUUACUGUGAAUUCAUCAAUCUUAAGCCUGAAAUCAAAGCCCUUUUCUUAAAAAUGUUGUCCGCUCGUUUGUGUUGUUCAAUUCUUGGACAGAUUACUAUGGAUUGUGUUGUAGCUCCACCAAAACCGGGUGAUCCAUCAUACGAUUUGUUUACCAGUGAGAAAAACUCGACCCUAGAAUCUUUGAAAGCUAAAGCAAAACUUGCUGCUGAAACAUUCAACUCAAUUCCAGGAAUGAAAUCUAAUCCUGUUGCUGGAGCAAUGUAUGCUUUUCCACAGAUUAUGUUACCUGAAAAAGCAAUAAAAGAAGCUCGUGAUGCUGGUGUGGAGCCAGACUUCUUUUAUGCUAAAAACCUUUUAGAAACAACUGGAAUAUGUAUUGUCCCAGGUUCAGGUUUUGGUCAAAUACCCGGUACAUACCACUUUCGAACAACGAUUCUACCUCAGUUCGAGGAGUUGAAAAAAAUGAUGGAUCGUCUCAAAACAUUUCAUCUACAAUUUCUUGAAAAGUACAAGUAAUUUUGUCAUCUCUCUUUUAUGUUAGCAAUCAUGUGAAAGAAAACCCAUCUACCUGAUGAUUAAAAAUCGAUUAUAAAAAUUAUUAAAUUAUUAGACUGAUCAAAAUAAUCCUAGUUUCACCUGCUAUGCCUUCUAAAUAUGUCCAUAAAUGUAUUGAGCUUUCGUUUUCUUCACUCCAUUGGACCCAUUCUUGGUGGCUUUGAGCAAUUUUAAUUCAUCGAUUGAGUUAAUUUUUCUCUUUAGCUAACCUUAAGUGUGAUAAAUCAUGUUCUUAUUAAAGGAAGCUUCUUAAUUCACUCGAAA